GUUACGAGGGCACUGGGUCAGUCCUGAUGUCCCCUGUUCCCCAUCAGAUGUUGCCCUACAUGAACGUGGGCACUUUGUCCCGGACGGAGCUGCAGUUACUGAACCAGCUGCACUGCAGGCGAAAAAGACGGCACAGGACUAUCUUCACUGAUGAGCAGCUGGAAGCGCUGGAAAACCUCUUCCAGGAAACGAAAUACCCAGACGUGGGCACCAGGGAACAGCUGGCCAGGAGAGUGCACUUAAGAGAGGAAAAAGUGGAGGUUUGGUUCAAAAACCGCCGGGCGAAGUGGAGGAGGCAAAAACGAUCGUCUUCGGAGGAGUCAGAAAACGCACAAAAGUGGAAUAAAGCGUCUAAAACGUCACCGGAGAAGAGACGAGAGGAUGGGAAAAGUGACUUGGACUCCGACAGCUGAUACCUCUUAGAGGAGGACAUUUCCCGUGGACUGUCGGAUACGCUCCAGAGGAUGCUACCAAUCUUGCACAAGCUCUGCCUUGUUGGAGGGGGAAAAUGUCUGUAUAUAAUGUACAAUGCCCCGAGUCGAUUCCGUGUAAAUAAAAUGUGUUGCGGAGGUCUUGCAUAGG